UGGCCGUGAUGGAAAGUUGGUCUGCAGCCACCCUCUUGUAAACAUCACCGUCUAGUUUUGUUUAUUCAGAAAACAAACAUUUACUUGCUUGAUGUAUCAAUCAUUUUGAUGUUAAGUUGCUGACGUUUUCAGGAAAACCCUUUACUUGGGUUUGAGAGCCAUGUUUCCAGGUCAGAAGUGACUUCAGUUGAUUUAAAAUUGGUCGAGAGAGCACAAUACAAGUCUAUUAAUUAUGAAUCUCGGUGUGAAUGUCUGUUCCUUCUGAAAAAUCAUCUCUUUUAUCCUAAUUCACCUGUUCACCACUGUGUGAAACAUCAUGAGCAGUCAUGAGGAUGAAGUUGUGGACCCGGUAGAGGAAGACAGUCAACGGCUAUCUGACCUGGAAGUUUUAGCAGAGAGUGGCAAUGGACUUAUUCGAGACGCUGUCCUAAGUGAUGAGUCAUCAGAGGCUAAUGUUGUUCAUCAUCACCGAGUCAUAACAGAGACUGCAGAAAAUAAAGCAGGAUUAUGGAAUAUUAGAGCCAUCAGAUUUUUAGUAUUAUGGUACUUUUUUAGUGGUUGUACUCUAUUUCUUAACAAAUAUAUAUUGACUUUUAUGAGAGGAGAUCCAAUGGUGCUAGGAAUCUGUCAAAUGUUUAUGACCACAUUAUGUGGAUGUGUCCAAAUGUAUUAUCCUUGUGGAAUGUAUAAACCGGUUCAAAGGCUAGUUCGUCCACCUGGCUUUUAUCGUCACAUGGUCCUUGUAGGUUGUACAAGAUUUGUGACUGUGGUUUUAGGUUUAGUCUCUCUUAAGUUCAUAGCUGUCAGUUUCACUGAGACUAUAAAAAGUUCUGCCCCAAUUUUCACUGUGCUCAUAUCCAAAAUAGUUCUUGGUGAGCACACUGGGUUGUAUGUGAACCUAUCUCUAGUACCUGUGAUGAGUGGUCUUGCUUUAUGUUCUGCUAAUGAACUGAGCUUUAAUACACAAGGUUUCCUUUCUGCCAUGGCUACCAACAUAACAGAAUGUUUGCAAAAUGUCUUAUCUAAAAUGCUUAUUAGUGGUGACAAAUUCAGAUACACGCCAGCAGAACUGCAGUUUUACACAAGCAUGGCUGCAAUGGUUGUUUUGAUACCAGGCUCAUGGAUCUUGAUGGAUUUGAGCACCAUGCAAACCCCAACGGACAUUUAUCUCUGGGGAGCUCUUUUUUUCAAUGGACUCUUGUUUCAUUUUCAGAGUAUCACCGCUUAUGUCCUUAUGGAUUAUAUUUCUCCAGUAACGCACAGUGUUGCUAACACUGGAAAAAGAGCCUUUCUGAUCUGGCUGUCCGUCCUUCUUUUUGGCAAUCCUGUCACUGUUUUGAGUGCUAUUGGCACCUGCACUGUUAUCUUAGGUGUUCUUCUUUACAAUAAAGCCCAGGAGAUUGAUAGCAGUCAAAAGCGUUUACCAGUCAGACAUACUGUACGAGGCACACGAGCUCUUUAACUAUUUUCUACUGAUUCAGCCUCAUUUCCAUAAGGACUUGUAAAAGACUAGUGCCAUGUAAUUAAUUAACGUAAGUGUAAGUCCAAGUUAAAUGGUUGUAUUUCUCUCGUGUGUCUAUGUCAUUUCCUUUUUCUGUAUGCAACAUUGUUUUUCAGAAAGAAUUUUCAAAACAAAAUUACAAAUCAAAAGCUGCAAAAGUGAUCAAAAAUCUCAUCACAAAUCAUGGAUUCUAAUUUCUUGGAAGUUCUGUUAACUUCAAUCUCAUCUCUGGCAACUUAUUCCAUUUUUUUUUGUCAUAUGAUUUAAGUUGUUUUUGUACCUGGAUUCAUGAAAUGGGCAAAGAGUCAUUUCCUAUUUUGUCUAACAAAAUACUAACUAGUCAAAAUUUUGCAGUCCCUUCAGUUUCAGCUGUCCUGGACAUGUUUCUGAUUUUCUGCUCAAUCAUCAUUAUCUUUACCUCUUGCUACUGAGAUUUGAAUAUUGCCAAUAAAAAUUUAGGUAUCCAGUAAAACAUGUAAUGUAAUGUACUCAAUGCUGUUUUGCCUGUGCACAGGUAGUGUAUUUGUUUUGUACUUUUGGAUGGAACAUGAUUUGUGGUGCCAACAAAUUGUGAUAUUCUGUGAUCUGGAGGCUGCCUCUUUACAUCCUUUGCUAUGUUCAGAUGCAAGCUGCGCAUUUAUGAAUUAAAAUAAUUUUCUUCGACAGUA